UCGUGGAUAUGAGAGCGUGUGAAUAAAUCGAUUGCAUAAUUCGACUAAUGUGAAACGCGAGCGGUACUGUCGUCAUUGCCGCUGUUUAAUUUGCGUGCAAUUCAAGAUAUGUAUGUUUCCGCACUAAUGAGAUGUUUCGGCCAAUAUGAAUUUUACUGGAUUGUGUCGCAACAUCUCGAUAAAUAUAUUUUCUAGUUGAAAUCAUUGUCACCACGGCCGGCUAUUCAGAUUAGAAUCCACACGCUGAGAAGAGUUUUCUUUUCAAUUCUUAAGCUAUAAUUAUCAUCGGUUUAAUUAACACUGUCUACGCGAUAUAAACAAGAUGACCAAGUGUGAUGCUCUAUAGUUACAAUCUAAGUAAACAGAUAGAUAUAUGUAUGGUUGCUGACCUACGCUACAAACCGUAUAUCCAUGCGAUUGUUGCGUCUUCCACAUGAUACCUUCAGUGUCAUCGUCCCAUUCAUUCAUAGUUCAAUGAAUUGCGGGCAUGCUCACAACGUCUUGGAUCUGAUGUCAGAUAUAUCGAUUUUUUCCUUGAACAAAUGUUUGAAAUCGAGAAGACAGUGUCACGUUUGCUUAGCACCGUAGUGUUUUCGAGUGGUGAAAGAACUAGAGUUUAAAGACUUUACAUACCAAGUUAAAGAUGGCUUGGAAUUUCGGCGAUAAACCUAAAUCCGGAACAGAAGCUGCUUUAGAUGCUUGCGAUUACUUUCUCGAUGAAGUUUUAGAUACAACCACGUUUACAGAUGUUCGCGAGCAAAUUCAAUUGCUUAAGCAUAAGGAACUACGACAGGCUGUUGUAGCGGGCGAUGAACGAGUUGUUAGAGUCCUUUUAGAAGCCUUAGGAAAUGAGAAGAAAGAAAUUCUCAAUAUGGCACCAUCCGGGGCUAAUACUUUGCUGUUUUUAUCCUCACAAGCCGGCUAUGAGUCAAUAACGAAAUUACUUAUAGAGAGUGGAGCGGAUGGGAGGUGCCAUGCUGUCACGCGAUAUUCACCGUUGUAUGCUGCCGUACAUCAUGGACAUUAUAAUAUUGCAAAGUUGCUUUUAAACACCUUCCCAGAACUAGUUCAAUCAAUGACAGUAGAACGCUGGCUCCCUCUCCACGCUGCUUGCAUAAAUGGUCACAUCAAUUUAGUGGAGCUACUUAUCUCCCACAAUUACCCAGAAGAGUUAUAUUCAACAUACAGAGAUGAAACUGGCACAUGGGAAUGGCGCCUACCAUUUGACCCCAAUCAACAGGAUGUUACUGGACAGACAAGUCUUUACAUCGCAAGUAUAUUGGGCAAUAAACAACUUGUUCAAAUGCUGCUUAAUUGGAAAGUUAAAUCCACGAAAUGUGCAAGUAAGGAAGAACAAGUGGAAACGCCUAUAACGCCAACCAGAAAUCGGGUAUCAUUUGGAAUCCAGGCAAUUUUGUCGAAAUUCAAUAUUUCGGGAGAACAGGAUAAGGAUGAUAUGGUGUACGAACGUUGUCCGAUAAAUAUAAAUUUAUUAUGUGGUGCUGCCCGUGAAACGGCUCUAUUGGCAGCAGUUCGUGGUGGAUUUUUGGAUGUUGUACAGCUGCUGUUGCAGAAUAAAGCAGAUCCAAAUAUUGUAGCGAAGCCAGUGGAAGAUCAAAAUGAUCCAAAGUGCAGUGAGGAGAUUUAUGGACUAUGCAAUGUGCCAAUAUCGGAAGCUUGUAAGCAAAGAUCCAUUCCAAUGGUGGAACUUCUACUUAAAUAUGGCGCCAAGGAUGAUAAUGGAAUCGCUCUUCAAAUUGCGGUUAUGAAUGAAGAUGAAACAAUUACAAGUGCUUUACUGUCACGACGGGUGCAUCCUGAUCUGGAUUAUAAAAUCAACAAAAAAGGUUUACCACAAGCAAACGAUAGGGAUAUUCUCAUUCCGUCUGGUUCAAAUCUAACAUACAGCCAAAUGUUUCCCAGCGUACCAACAAUAGUUGACUGGCACAACAACAAUGUGUUAUUAACUCAUAUAAACAUAAAAUGGAUGAUAAAUGGAGUCUUGUAUCUCAAUCCUAAACUUACAUCACAUCCCAAAGUCGACAAAAUGGCUUUGAUGGCUAUAACACGUAUUGAUCUCUCACAUAAUAACUUGUCAAGCAUUCCGUUGGAAAUUUUUACAUUUAUUAGUCUUAAGUAUCUGAAUUUAGCACAAAAUAAACUUGAGUCCUUGCCAGAAGGACUACAAAAACAAAAGGAUACGAAACGAACAUCACUGACAGGUUUUUACCAUAGUCCAGUUUUGGAAGAACUAUAUCUGCAGGAUAAUCGUCUUGUUACCAUACCCGCAACGUUUUUCCAUUUUCCGUCCCUGGCGAUUUUAGAUAUAUCAAACAAUAAAUUACAAGAGUUGCCUUUCGAUAUGUGGAAUGCACCAAAAUUGCGUGAAUUGAAUAUUGCAUUUAAUUUAUUAAAAGAUCUCCCAGUGCCACCUGAACAGUGCACAUACGCAAGUGAUUCGGAUUCUGAAUCAAAACAUGGUUCAAAUGUAAUGCGGUUGCACGGUUCUGAAAAUGAGUCUUCGAGGCAAAAGUCAAAGUGCUUCAGUCAUCACAAAGUCACGCAUAAAAAUAUUUGGUCGCGAAGCUUAGACAUUACUGAUAACGAUUUGAAAUGGCAAGAAACUAAACAGGAAAAAGGAGUGUCACAAUUAAGCAGUUUAAAUAUUGCGAACAAUCUAUUCACAAGUAUUCCGCCAGCUUUGGCUUGUUUGGCUGUUAAUCUUACGCGACUGAAUAUGUCCUACAAUAGUUUAAGGUCAAUGGGCCACGUCACAAGCUAUCCUGCAAACUUGAAGCAGCUCGAUUUAAGUCACAAUGAAAUAACAUGCUGGCCAAGUCUUCCACGUAUUGCAGAUUGUGAUCCAUAUCUAAAAUGUUACAACGAACUUGAUUCUGCAUCAGUGGAGAGUCAAGCAAAAUGUGGUGAUCGCGAUCAAUUUUCCAAGUCUUCCUUCCGAUCAACAGUUUUGAAAACAGUCUGUAGACAUCGUCGGCAUUUGAGAUUAGAAUCGCUUAGAACCCUUAUCCUAGCUGACAAUAUCCUCACAAGGAUUCAAUUAUCUACGGAUGACUACUCUACUUUUAAUGAAUCUGAUGAUUCUGAUUGGAGUGUCGUUGGGGUUCUGAAGAAUAAACUGAUCUUUCCAAACUUAUCAAUGUUGGAUAUAAGCAACAAUUGCCUGAAGGAAGUUCCAGCCACUAUACAUGAGCUUAGUAGUUUAAGUGUUUUAAAUAUCAGCGGCAAUGUUGAUGUUACUGAUCUUCCACCACAUAUUGGACUUUUGUCGCGGUUGUGGAAUUUGAAUACAAGAGGAUGUUUGCUGCAAGAGCCUCUACGUUCAAUGAUUGAAAGUAAAAAAUAUAAAACAAUGGAUAUUGUGGGGUAUUUAAAAUCAAUAUAUGAGGAUGCACGUCCCUAUGCUCGUAUGAAACUGAUGGUCGUUGGAGUGGAAGGAAUCGGUAAAACCACUUUAUUGGAUUUACUAAGACAAGGCGGAAGUAACAAAAAUCGACCAUCUAUGGAUCACUGGGCUAAACGAAUGGGACAUAAAACAGGAAGCAAAACUGGUAAAGGAUCAAAUAUAUCAACUGUAGGUGUUGACAUUGGAACUUGGGCGUGCGAGAAACGCAAACGUACUCCAGGCUCGUAUGGUCCGGUUAUAUUCCGUACUUGGGAUUUUGGUGGCCAGAAAGAAUAUUAUGCAACACAUCAGUACUUCCUUUCAAAACGUAGUCUUUAUUUAGUCCUCUGGAGGAUAAUAGAUGGCCACAAAGGUCUUGCCGAAAUCUUACAAUGGCUUGGAAAUAUUCAGGCACGCGCACCCAAUUCUCCUGUAAUAAUAGUCGGAACGCAUUACGAUGCGGUCGGUGAGAGUUUUUCACCACAAAAAGCAGAAGAAUUACAACAAAUAAUCCGAGAAAAGUUCAUAGCAAUUCCAGAUGCAGAGAAAGUUGGACUUCCAAGAGUGAUUGAUUCGAUAGAGAUAAGUUGCCGCACUCUCCACAAUAUUAAGCUACUCUCCAACAUAAUCUACGAUACGGCAUUUCUAUUACGAUCUCCUGGUUCGAAAGAACCCUUGCUCCUUCAAAAAGUGCCUGCUAGUUAUAUUGCUCUUGAAGACAUCGUGAAUACGAUUUCAAGUAAUCUAAAAGCUCAGGGCAUGGAUCCUGUUCUGAAUGCCGAAAUGUAUAGAAGUCUUGUAGCAGAAGAGAUGCGUUUACAUAACUAUAAGAGCUUCAGGGAUAACGCUGAAUUGAAUCAAGCGACGAUGUUUUUACAUGAUAAUGGUGUAUUGCUGCAUUACGAUGACGCUACCCUUCGUGAUUUUUACUUUUUGGAUCCACAAUGGCUGUGCGAUAUGCUUGCGCAUGUGGUUACUAUACGCGAAAUUAAUCCAUUUGCGAAAAUGGGGAUAAUGAAACUCGAUGACCUGCAAUUUUUAUUCAAAAAUUCAGCGACAUCAUCGAAUAAUAAUCGAAGUUAUAUAGUUAAUUUAUUAAAUAAAUUCGAAGUGGCAUUAACAUGGGAUGCAAGAACAUUACUAAUACCGUCCUUGUUGCCGACCUAUGAUGAUGUUGAAGCGAACAGAAGUACAAUUGUGAAGAUUUCACAACGCACUAAAUUAAAGGUUUCAUCAUUUUCGGAUUUGAAUUCGGCUGGUAAUUGUCAGUAUAGUUUAAGUGUAAAGAAAAAAUCGUUGCCGCUUAAGAGAGUGCUACUAAUGACCUAUUUCCCAUCUGGAUUUUGGUCACGGCUAAUUACAAGAUUGUUGGCUGACGAGGAGAUAUCCGGAGUGGUUAAAAAUUCGUAUAGGAGCAGCUUGCCGAUAAACGAGGGAAACGAUUUGAAGUCAAUAUUAGAAAUACAUGCGCAAUGGAAAUUAUGGCAAACUGGAUUAGCCUUAUGCAUCGGUGAUGUAGUGAUAAUGCGAAUAUGGGAGAUACCUUUCAGUGCAUCAAACCCUUUUCGUUUGUCUUCGAACCGUUUCAAAUUAAAACUAGAUGGAAAUUGGGGAGACAUCAAUCUAUCAACUUCGAGCAUUUUAGAGAUUGAUUUGCCACUAUAUGAUUUGGAAAUUAAAAUUAGUUCAGAAGAUUUAGAUGACUCACAAAAGUCAUUACUACUGGAACCAUGCUUUACGGAAAUGUCGAAAUUACUUGCAUUGUCAGUAGAUCACAUUGAUUUGCUCCUGGAGGAUUGGUAUCCGUCACUUGGGACAAGAUUUGUGCAUACUUCUGAAGGCCGUUUCCUUAUAACGCGACUGGUUUUCUGCCCGAAGUGUCUUGAGCGGGUGGUAGAUAGUGGAGAUGUGGAUCCUGCGUGUAUGCCCCAGCCUUCAUCAUCGUCAGCAGGAGCAAAAGGAUCUUGCGAUGAUGAUGCAUUUAAAUUUAAAGCGCUUUCUUCGUAUUUGAAUAUUCGAAGGGAAAGGAAAUCUGAGGAUUCAAUAACUUUUUCGGAUGCUGACUCAGGAGUAGGACCAGACUCGGCGGGUUCAUCGAGAAAUACAUCUGUUGACGGGCAUUUAUUGUACGGAAAUAACGAAACAAACUUCCUUAUUUGCUACUGUUGGAUGAUCGAGGAAUGUAUUCUCUCAGUAUAUAACGAAAUCAAAUUAUGUUGCCCACUGCAUUUAGAGAUUGAUAUGAAAAAAGUAGCACCUGAUGUGAUAUUCGUUGAUAUACCAGACCGAUAUGCCGUGAAUCCGGAUAAUAUCGUAAAAGGGGCACUAUUAGGCCGUGGUGCUUUUGGGUUUGUUUUUAAAGCUACCCUUAAAGUUAGCACAAGUCGAAUAUUCAAGCCGGUUGCGAUGAAAAUGUUGCAACCGGUACCUCCUGGGCCCCGUUCAAAGGAAAGUGCUCUACUAGCAUAUAAAAUUGCCUUAGGAAAAUGGGAUCGUGAUCCUUUGCAGCAUUCAUGUAAAGCUUAUUGUACUGCAAGACAAGAAUUAUCCGUGCUUCUAACACUUAAACAUCCUAACAUCGUCCCAUUAGUGGGGAUAUGUAUUAAGCCUCUAGCACUUGUUCUUGAUUUAGCUCCUUUGGGUGGCUUGGAUGCAAUCCUCCGACAAUACCGACGAAGUGGUGCUCACAUUAACCCAAAUAUAUUCCAAAUAAUGGUCUUACAAGCGGCCAAGGCAAUUGAAUAUUUACAUCGAAAACGCAUUAUAUACAGGGAUUUAAAAUCAGAAAAUGUAUUGGUUUGGGAUUUCCCACAACCGCAUGCUGAAAAUUAUUCCAAAUACAGCGUGCAUAUAAAAAUAGCUGAUUAUGGAAUAAGUCGAUUUACUGCACCUAAUGGAUCUAAAGGUUUUGGAGGCACAGAAGGCUUCAUGGCUCCGGAAAUUAUUAGAUACAAUGGAGAGGAAGAAUAUACAGAGAAGGUCGAUUGUUUUUCGUUUGGAAUGUUCAUAUAUGAAAUCAUCACAUUGCGGCAGCCAUUUGAGGGGCAGGAAUCAAUAAAAGAAUGUAUACUUGAGGGAAGCAGACCUGCCCUCACUCAGAGGGAGACACAAUUUCCAACGUAUUGUCUGGAUCUUAUGGUGUUAUGCUGGGACGAGGCACCAAAGAAACGUCCAUCAGCAAGUCAAAUUGUAUCCUUACUAAGCGCUCCUGAGUUCAUACAUUUGUUGGAUGUUGUCCCGCUUGUACACGAACAUAAUGCGAUAUGUGGUGUAUUCGUUCCUAUCGAUUCAGAAGAAACCAAUAGUAACUACGAUUUGUGGUUACCAUGCUUCAGACGACGAAUCGAUAUUAUUGGAGUUUCAAACAACAGCAAUUGGGCCCAGUACAGAAGUAUCAGUUGUGAAAGGAAUCUGGAAGAUAGCAGAGAGGCAAAAAUUGAUCUUAUGUGCUGCUGUAUUGUAGGGAAUGCCAUAUGGAUUGGAGAUUCUGCUGGGAAUCUACAUGCUUACAGGCUUUCGGAUUCGUCUCACAUAUUUUCAUAUAUUAUGGAUCCUGCAAUAAAAAGUCCAGUUAUAACAUUACUUUAUAUGCCAAACAUUCAACGUGUAGCUGUAGGACUUUUGAAUGGUCGAUUAUUUUUGGUCGAUGCUACAAAAAUACCAACAAAUUAUGCAUGUGCGGAAGGUUCAUUUGUUUUAACGGAAUUGUGCUCAGGACAGAUUUUGUAUAGUGCUUGUGUCAUACCAAGUGAGGGCGAAUACGAAAUCUGGUGUGGCGAACUAGCAAGUGCUAUCAAUAUCUUCCCAAUUCGUGAUUGUGUCGUGUCAGGACAUGAUAUAGUAUUUCAUAGUGAAGAAGUUGAAAAGAAAAAAUCACAUAAAAUCAAAGUCACAAAACUGGUGCCAGCCUUUAACUUUGUUUUCUCCACACUGAAACCUGGAUACACUGUCUACCAAUGGAAUGUAACUACGAAGAAAAUCGAGAAUAAAUUAGAUUGUUCCAAGCUACUACCGUGCUCGGAAAGUCUAAAGAGCAUAUCAAUUGAAGAACAUCUAAGCCAAGUAAAGUGUCAGAUCACAGCACUAGCUGUAAGCGGAAACGAAAUAUAUAUUGGCACGACAUGGGGAUGCCUGGUAAUAGCUGAUAUUUUCACGCUGCGGCCCAUCACCGUAUUCCGGCCAUACGAGCAUGAGAUUGCAACGAUAAUAUCUAUUCCAUCUGGUACAAGCUCAAUUAUAGCUACAAUAGGGCGACAGUAUCGAUCUCUUAUAGAACGUUAUAUGGACUUGCAAGAUGACACACAUCUAGACGUAACCAGCGUAAAUGAACCGGGAAGUAGCAAUCGGUUACGAAGAGGACAGUCAAGCUCAUAUAAUAUCUGUGAUAAAAAGAUACACUGCCUUCUUUGGAGAGCUAAAGAUUGGAUGUAGAAGGGUUCGAAUUCUGAAGGAGGAAAGAAAUAGGACGGGAGAAAAUGUGAUUAUAAUGUGAAAAAAUUCGGCGGAAUUAAAUUUAAAGCUAAUUGUUGAACCAAAUAUAAUACAAUUGUUGUACAAAGACUUUAAUCGAAUCACUCUUUAUUUUAAUAAGCCAUUUUACUGUACUAUGUAUUCAUUCAUUGUUAAAUAAAUUAAUAUUGUUUUAAAAAUGAAUCAAUUUCUCGAUCUAAUUCUAUUUCGAUUGCUCCUAGGGGCAAGGUUCUUAUGAUUCUGGAAGUGCAAAGUGUUCAAAGGUCUAGAUAUAAUAGCACAAUCGACUUACAAUGCUAGUGAUAGAGCUCAAACUCUUUCGACUUGGUAAGAAAAACUGGAAUGUAGAGCUUAGUUCGGUCGUGGAGGGUCCUUAGGCAAUGAAUGAGCUGGGACUCUAUUUGAAUUUAGAAUUCCUUUCUGAAAGUAGCAGUCAAGCUUGGAAUAGACUUUGUUUGCAGCUUUGAGUGCUUUUAUUUUAAUAGGUCUGAGUUUAGUUUGUCAUCCGGAGAAAUAGCGCACAAAGCUCCAAAAUUUCUAUAUAGUGUUCUAGGUAAGAGCCAAAUAGAGCCCUGGAAUGCGCAGUAUCGUCAAUGAGAAUAUAAAAACCUCAGUUUAAAGGGACUGGUAGUUUGUGUAGAUGUUGAAUGCUGCCUAGGCCAUACCCGGAGGUAACGAUCGCACGAAGCACACAUUUCGAGGGAGACCUGGCCAAAACUAGUGAGUAUCAAUACCAAUUGAGGUUUGAUGGUUCUCCUCCAUACAAAGCAGCUAACACCCCUAAGAAUGGAUAUGGAUACU